UUCCCAACGGCAAAGUGUUAUUGAAAAAAAGUUCAAUACAAUAAUCGAUAAAAUAAAAAGUUUGCCAGAUAAUGAGAUCCUAAAAAUUGAAAGUCUGAUAAACAUUAUGACAUAUUCUAAAGGCAAAGUUAAGGGCGAAAUAAUAUCACCUUAUCUACAAAAAAAAGCAAUUGAGUUCUUAGAAACAACAUCUUUAACAAAUUCGAAUAAUCAACUUAAAUCUUUUUAUAUGAAGAUCAUAAAGGCAAAGAAAGCAAAGCAAGACUAUAUUUCUAAAAUUCGGUCUGUUGCUCAGAAAUCAAAAAAAAUUACUAAAGAUCAAUUUAAAAAAGCAGUAAACAAAAUGAUAAAAAAUAAUAAUGAAUACUCAACUGAAUUCGUUAAACUUGCUACUAGUAUAAGCAACAUUGAGACAAUUUCUCUUUCAGCAGCAACAGAAUAUACUAAAAAAAUAAUAACUUUUCUUAUUGGUAAACCACCAAACCAUUGGAUAUCAACAGGAACUCUUUCUCGGUAG